CUCCUCCUCCGCCGGCUCAGCUGGGCAGGGUCGGUCCGGCCGGUCCCCGCGCUCCACGCUCGAACAGAUGAAGAAACCAAGGCCCAGUGAAUUGAGUUAUUGCGCUGGUCACAGCUGGUUUGUGGAAGAGCUAUAUUGGAACCCAGGCCCAUGCAACCUCAAAAUCCAUCUUCCCUCCACCUCUCAACACUCUCUUCCUCUGACCAGAGUGCUAAUGAAGCACAGUCUGAAUUAAUUCAUUUGACAAGAAUUUUUUUAAUCCUAUUUGGGGCACAGUCCAUUGUCUGUUUCAGAAGGAAUAGGAGAUGAACAAACCAAUAACACCAUCAACAUAUGUACGCUGCCUCAAUGUUGGACUAAUUAGAAAGCUGUCAGAUUUUAUUGAUCCUCAAGAAGGAUGGAAGAAGUUAGCAGUAGCUAUUAAAAAACCAUCUGGUGAUGAUAGAUACAAUCAGUUUCACAUAAGGAGAUUUGAAGCAUUACUUCAAACUGGAAAAAGUCCCACCAGUGAAUUACUGUUUGACUGGGGCACUACAAAUUGCACAGUUGGUGAUCUUGUGGAUCUUUUGAUCCAAAAUGAGUUUUUUGCCCCUGCGAGUCUUUUGCUACCAGAUGCUGUUCCCAAAACUGUUAAAAUACUGCCUUGUAAAGAAGCUGUAACAGUCGAGCAGAAUCAGAUGCCUCGCUAUGAUAAAGACAGGUCAUUUGUGAUACCUGUGCGGAAUCCUGAACAAAAUCAUAUGCCACCUGACUCCUCAAGUACAGAAAGUUUAGAAGUUAGUGAUACGCGUUUUCACAGUUUUUCAUUUUAUGAAUUGAAGGAUGUCACAAAUAACUUUGAUGAACGCCCCAUUUCUGUCGGUGGCAACAAAAUGGGAGAGGGCGGAUUCGGAGUUGUUUAUAAAGGCUGCGUGAACAACAGGACUGUGGCUGUGAAGAGGCUUGCAGCAGUGGUUGACAUUAGUACUGAAGAACUGAAACAACAGUUUGAUCAAGAAAUAAAAGUAAUGGCAAAGUGCCAACAUGAAAAUUUAGUAGAACUACUUGGUUUCUCAAGUGAUGGAGAUGACCUCUGCUUAGUAUAUGUUUACAUGCCUAACGGUUCAUUGCUAGACAGACUGUCUUGCUUGGAUGAUACUCCACCACUUUCUUGGCACAUGAGAUGCAGGAUUUCUCAGGGUGCAGCUAAUGGCAUCAGUUUUUUACAUGAAAACCAUCAAAUUCAUAGAGAUAUUAAAAGUGCAAAUAUCUUACUAGAUGGAGACUUUACAGCCAAAAUAUCUGACUUUGGGCUUGCACGGGCUUCUGAGAAGUUUUCACAGACAGUCAUGACUAGCAGAAUUGUGGGAACAACAGCUUAUAUGGCACCUGAGGCUUUGCGAGGAGAAAUAACACCCAAAUCUGACAUUUACAGCUUUGGUGUGGUUUUACUAGAAAUAAUAACUGGACUUCCAGCUGUGGAUGAACACCGGGAACCUCAGUUGUUGCUAGAUAUUAAAGAAGAAAUUGAAGAUGAAGAAAAGACAAUUGAAGAUUAUGUUGAUAAGAAGAUGAAUGACAUUGAUUUCACUUCCAUUGAAACUAUGUACUCUGUUGCCAGUCAAUGUCUGAAUGAAAAGAAAAAUAAGAGACCAGACAUUAAGAUGGUCCAACAGCUGCUGCAAGAAAUGAUGGCUUCUUAAAACUUUAGAAGAAUAGACUCUUGGCUUUUUAAUAUACAGCUAUCAAAACCAUUUUCUAGACUAAAUGUUCUGGUAAACAUUCUUUUUUACCUUUAACAAAGCAGCAUGAUGCAGUGCAGUGGUUAUUAAAGCUUAUGUAGAACCCCUAACAUACAGAACAAACAAAAGUAGAGCUGCCAUAUCAAUGCUUGGCCUGAACUUCUUAGUGUCACCCUCCAUUCAUGCAGUAAUCCCUUGAAACGUCUUCUUGGAACCUCACCAAACACAAUUUGAAAACUACAGGAUUAGCAAAAAAGAGGACUGGACUAUAGAAUGAAAAGGCCCAACUCCACUACUAAUUUUCUAUAAAGCUAUGGUCAAUCUCUUC